GCACGUCUCGCGUUUGCUGCCAGUGGACAUUUGCUCGGAGCCUUCGCUGCAGCAGUUUGCUGCUGCAUGCAAGCAGCUUUGCUGCUGCUUCUUGCCUUUUUCAAAUGCAGCAGCAAACAGCUGCCAAGAAGCAGCAGCAGCAGCAGCAGCAGCAGCAGGUGACGCCGCAGGUGAAGCAGCAGCAGCAGCAGCAGGUGACGCCGCAGGUGAAGCAGCAGCAGCAGCGGCUGCAGAAGCAGCAGCAGCAGCAGCUGCGCCGGAAGCUGCUGCUGCUGCUGACAACAAGGAUGCUGCAGCAGCAGCAAAAGCAGCAGCAGCAGCAGCAGAUGCAGCGGCAGUAGAAACGCAUGCGGCGGACCAAGCAGCAGGCGCAGCAGGAGCCCCAGCAGCAGCAGCAGCAGCAGCAGCAGCAGCAGCGAAUGGCGCAAACAAUUCAACAAAAGAUGCAAAUCACAAACACCCAAUUCUCAAACCCUCGGGGGCCCCCCAGGGGGCCCCCCAGGGGGCCCCCGAGGGGGCCCCCCUGGGGGCCCCCCAGGGGGGCCCCCAGGGGGCCCCUCAGGGGGCCCCCAAUGGGGCCCCCAGUGCGGCCCCCAAUGGGGCCCCGCAGGGUCUGCGUGAGGGGCCCCCAUCUGGGGUUUCUGAGGGCACUGUCAAGGGGGCCCCCCAGGGGGGCCCCCCAGGGGCCCCCCAGGGGGAGGGGCCCCCGAGGGGCCCCCAGGGGGAGGGGCCCCCAGGGGGCCCCCAGGGGCAGGGGGCCCCUGGGGGCCCCCAAGGGGAGGGGGCCCCUGGGGGCCCCCAGGGGGGGCCCCCCGAGGAAGUCAACCCCGUGAGUGGACGCGCUUGCUGCCAGCAGCAGCAGCAGCAGCAGCAGCAGCAGCAGCAGCAGCAGCAGAAGCAGCAGCAGUAG